AUGGUUGGGGAGCUGGUCGAUGCACUUUCUACGGGCCGGAAACGAGCUGUUCCGGGUGCUGCUUUGGGUUUUAGUGUUGUGAUGCAACAAGCAAAGAAUGCUCUGGAGCCAUAUUUUGCACAGCUUGUGCCCAAACUAUUCCGGUAUCGUUACGAUCCCGAUCUGAAAGUGCAAGCCUCGAUGCGUACAAUCUGGCAGGCAUUGACAAGCUCCAAGAAGAAUGUGACAGAAGAGUAUGCGGAUGCUAUUUUCAAGGAACUUUUAUCAACACUUACGGAUGCGCAAUGGCGUACACGUGAAUCAAGCUGUUUAGCACUGGCCGAUUUGUUGAGUGCGCGCUGCACCAGUGCAAUGACGCAACGUUUUGGGGAACUCUUCGAGAGUUUAUUUCGGGAAUCGGUACGUGUUGCAGCUGCACGUGCUGUCUCAACUGUUGCCAAAGUAACCGUACGAAAAUGCUCAUCAGCUAAUGGCGCAGAAGCAACAUCACUUCUUGGAGUGGUACUUCCAGUUAUUGUUGAUAAAGGAGUUCGAUCGGGCGUAAAAAAUAACAGGAUGCUAAGUUUGAAGAUUUUAAUGGAUAUUUCGAAAGAAGCUGGUUCGGCACUACACGAACAUCUGAAUGUACUGGUGCCAUGCCUGCUGGAUUCGUUAAGCGAGACCGAAUCAACAGUACUCAAUUAUGUUGCUGCGCGAUCGAAUCUUGAUGAGCUGGAAGUGGUGGGUUGUUCAUUUAAAGAAAAAAUAUAUAUUGAAUUAAUUAAGAAUUGGGCGGAUUUAUUCCUGCUUUUAACACUGAGUUAA